CAUAUUUUAAUGCAUGGAGUUUCACAUCGGACAGCAAAAUCUUUUCUUACUUUAUGCCCAAUGGAGGGUCCUUAGUUUUCUCUUUCUCUCUCUCUUCUCAAACUUUCAAUCACUCUUCUUCUUCUUCACCCUUUCUGAUCUCCUUGUUCUUCAGGGUAUACAAAAUUGGGUGCUUUGUGUUAAACUGUGAUGUCUCCACCAGUGCUGAGCAUAGGGGAGGAGGAGGGUAAAAGCAAUGUCACUCUGUUGGUUUCCUCAACCACCAUGGAAAGUGUGUCUCUCAAGAGCUUAGAAUUAAAAGAGCGCAACUACAUGGGAUUAUCUGAUUGUUCUUCUGUGGACAGCUCUGUUCCGUCCUUCUCAGAAGAGAGUAAAAGUAAUCUGAACCUGAAAGCAACUGAACUCAGGCUCGGGCUUCCUGGAUCACAGUCUCCUGAAAGGGAUUCUGAUCUUUGCUUAAGAAGCUCGACUCAAUUUGAUGAAAAACCGUUGUUUCCUUUGCGUCCUUUGACUGAUGAUCACCAUUCUUCAGCCAAGACUGCUGUUCUUGGAAACAAAAGAGGGUUCUCGGAUGCCAUGAACGGCUUCUCAGAGGGGAAAUUCCUAGCUAAUCCGGAGGCCAAUCCAAUACUAUCUCCAAGGCCUGCUUCAAACUUGGGAUUAAAACCUGGUUCUACCCCUGAGAAGGUUGGGGCUCAGCAAACCAAAAUGAAAGAAGUAACAACAACAAAUGUUGUGCUUGAUAGGCCUCUUGCUGCCAAUGAAAAUAGACCAAAUCUUGAUGGUUCUGCAAACAAUAAUAGCAGUGCACCAGCUACCAAGGCUCAGGUUGUGGGGUGGCCUCCUAUAAGAUCAUUCAGGAAGAUUUCAUUGGCAACUAAUUCAAAGAGCACUGAAGAAGUUGAUGGAAAAGUGGGGGUUGGUGCACUGUUCAUCAAGGUCAGUAUGGAUGGUGCUCCCUAUUUAAGGAAAGUAGACUUGAAGAAUUACUCUACAUAUCCAGAAUUAUCUUCUGCUCUAGAAAAGAUGUUCAGCUGUUUUACUAUAAGUCAAUGUGGAUCUCAUGGAAUUCUGGGCAGGGAGAUGCUGAAUGAAACCAAGUUGAAAGACCUUCUUCAUGGAUCAGAAUAUGUUCUUACAUACGAGGACAAAGAUGGCGAUUGGAUGCUUGUGGGUGAUGUUCCCUGGGAGAUGUUUAUUGAAACUUGCAAGAGGCUAAGGAUCAUGAAGAGUUCUGAUGCCAUUGGUCUAGCUCCCAGGGCUGUUGAAAAAAGCAGGACCAGGAACUAACUAUCUGCGGGAUUAAAAGCUUCUGGGCGAUGAAGGUGGAACAAAAUCAAGAACAUGUUGUGUCUUGGAAGCGAAAACCGAAGGCAUUUUGGACUGGAUAGAAUCUCAUACUAGGCUGCCUUAACCCUUGUAUUGUUUGGUGUCUGUUUUGUGUUGUCACGGCGUUUAUGCUUAGUAAGCUUCUUUUCAUGAUUGUGAAAACUUAUAAAACUCCUAGACUUGACUGUGGGAGUACCUAUAUUCUAUGUACUCGAGUUAAUGAUGUGGUUGAAGGAUCUGUAAUGUGUAAAUUUUGCAGCGUACCUUCAACGGGGUGUCCUAUGUUUGUGUGAAAAAAGAAAAAAAACAAGUUGUAUGUGUCAGUAUGUCACUUGCCAUGUACUGUUUGCCACUUUUCAAAGUCAUUAACCUGUUUGGACCAAA